AUGGCAGCCUGCAUCAAGAAUACUCAGAUCACGCAACUGACCGGUCUUGAUGCAGAGUUGUCUUAUGUGAGGAAUGAUGUGGUUAAUUACUAUGCAUUGUCCUUCAAUCUCUUAAUACCCAGCGAGACCAACAAUCUUCACUUCAGCUGGCAUGCUAAAUCCAAGGUUGAGUAUAAACUGGGAUUUCAGGUAGAUAAUCCCAUGGCUAUGGCUAUGCCCCAGGCCAACAUUUCUCUACAAGGAGAAGUUCCUCGCACCCUUUCAGUGUUUCGUGUCGAACUCUCCUGCACUGGCAGAUUCGACUCUGAGGUCACAAUACUAAUGCAGCUCAACUUGACAAUAAAUUCAUCAAAAAACAUCACAGUUUUAAAUUUCAAACGAAGGAAAAUGUGCUACAGAAAGCUUGAACCAGAAAUAAAAUCUCCAAUGUCUGAUAAAAACAGCAGCAAGGCUAUCUUUGAUCCUGUAAAUGCAGCUCCCACCACUUCAACCCGUGUGUUUUAUAUCAGUGUAGGCGUGUGCUGUGCUGUUAUAUUCCUGGUGGCAAUAAUAUUAGCUGUCUUGCACCUCCACAGCAUGAAAAGGAUAGAGUUGGAUGACAGCAUUAGUGACAGCAGUAGCUCACAAGGCUUAUCCCAACCUUCCACACAGACGACACAGUACUUACGAGCUGACACGCCAAACAAUGCAACGCCAGUAACCAGUUAUCCUACAUUACGGAUAGAGAAGAAUGAUCUUAAAAGUGUCACUCUAAUGGAAGCAAGAGCUAAGGUGAAGGACAUAGCCAUCUCCAGGGAGAGGAUAACUCUAAAAGAUGUGCUCCAAGAAGGCACAUUUGGGCGCAUCUUCCAUGGGAUUCUAAUAGAAGAAAAAGACCCCAGUAAAGAGAAACAAGUUUUUGUCAAAACUGUUAAAGAUCAAGCCUCAGAGGUACAGGUGACAAUGAUGUUGACUGAAAGCUGUAAACUCAGAGGACUUCAUCACAGGAAUCUGCUACCUAUCACUCAUGUCUGUAUAGAAGAGGGAGAGAAACCAAUGGUGCUGCUGCCAUACAUGAACUGGGGGAACCUUAAACUAUUCUUGCGACAGUGCAAGCUGGUAGAGGCCAACAAUCCUCAGGCAAUUUCCCAGCAGGAUCUUGUACAUAUGGCUAUUCAGAUUGCCUGUGGAAUGAGUUAUUUGGCCAGACGGGAGGUCAUUCACAAAGACCUGGCUGCUAGAAACUGUGUCAUUGACGAUGCACUUCAGGUUAAGAUUACAGACAAUGCGCUAUCUCGAGACCUAUUUCCUAUGGACUACCAUUGCCUGGGAGAUAAUGAAAACAGACCAGUUCGAUGGAUGGCUCUUGAAAGCCUGGUUAACAAUGAAUUUUCCAGUGCUAGUGAUGUGCCGUUGGAGAAUCAUGGCACUGAACAGAUAAGAGAUUUGUCCAGAACAGCAUCUCUACACCUGCUCCUGCACUUGCUGCUUGUGGCAGAUAGUUCAAAGUGGGCCUUUGGAGUAACACUGUGGGAGCUGAUGACUUUAGGACAGACUCCAUAUGUUGAUAUUGACCCCUUUGAGAUGGCUGCUUAUUUAAAGGAUGGCUAUCGAAUAGCUCAGCCAAUCAACUGCCCUGAUGAACUGUUUGCUGUAAUGGCUUGCUGUUGGGCCCUAGAUCCUGAAGAAAGACCCAAGUUUCAGCAGCUGGUGCAAUGUCUAACUGAAUUUCAUGCAGCGUUGGGAGCCUACGUCUGAAACUGCAGAAGAAGAUUGAAUUCACUGAUUGGGAGAAGGCAUGGCAUACAUCUGCAGCUCCAUGCAUCACUUGGACUCACACACGUGAUGUGUAUAAAGCAACACCAAAGGGAGAAAGCACUUCUUCCAAAACACUGUGCCUUAGAAUGCUUUAGUAGUCUGAAGUUUUUUGUAAGACCUCUUGAUGUUGAAUAUUUUCUAGAUAUCACUUUUGCUAAGUUAAAUUGAGACCUUUUUAUUUGCCAUCAGGAUUUUUAAAGUGUAGUGAUAGUGAACUUAAACAUGAGAUUUGGAUGGACUUUGCACUCUUACAACAGAUGUGAUUUUUUUGAAGGGUAUAUGGAACUGGUAGAAAAGUGAGGGUAGGGGAAACUAGUGCAAAAGCCACACUGCAGAAAAUUUUCCCUGCUUUUUAAAAAUGUUGAAACUAAAUCUUUCUGACCAGCUCUAGUGUUUGUACUUGUAUGUAUCUGGAAUAGCUUUUUAGUAUCAACUUCUUCUAUUUUGAGACAACAGCACAUUGUGGUUAGAUCCACAAGCGGCAUCUUUUUAACCCAUUCACAAAUGUUUUUUGGAAAAGCUGGUCUUCAGGAUACAAUAUCCCCUUUUUAAAGCAGUAAGUGAUUGUGUAAAAGUGAUUCCAGUUUACCUCAUACAGAGAGUAGUAAAGGUGGGGUAAAAAUGGUGUCCCUCCUUGCAGAUAAAAGGCUGAUGUGAUUUUUAAGAUGGUUUUAUGUGCUAAAUAGAGGCCUUCAGAGAAGCGCCAAAGCAGCCCUUGUGGUGGAGUCUUUCACCUCAGACUUCUGGAUUGCAGUUUCUCUUGUUCAAAAAGGUACUGGUUGUUUUUUAUGGGCUUUUAUGGCCUGAAAUGGGCUUAAAUAUAUAAAUAUAUAUUUGUAAAGAC